AUGUCACCAGAAGAACGAAUAGUCGAGUUGGAACAGGAGAAUAUUAUACUGAAGGAGGAUCUGAACCGACUGAACAGAAAAGUAGGUAAUUUUUAGACAUGAUAGUUAAGUUUAGGACGAAACUGGUGGAGGAGACAUUGAAUUCGAUUGUUGUGCUGGAAGUGACGUUGAUGUUGGAGAGACUUGUGUUCGACUUUUGAAGUUUCUGAGGGAUGUACAAGAAAGAAAUGUCAAAAGCAAGGAAACCAUAUUGAACUUUAUGAGAGAGAAAGGGUACUCAGUUCCAGAAGAGUUUACAGAAGCUCCUGCAGCUGAGGAUGGCGAUGAGAACUUACAUAAGGGAGAGAAUAAUAACCAAAACGUACGUUUUCUUGUUUCUAUAGUUAUUUUUCUUUUACCUGUGGGCAAUUUUUUAUUUUACCUUUAAAAUUUUUGAUGUAAUGCAAAGUGUAAUUCAUGGAAACGUUAAUAUUUUUGAGGAUUUUUUUUAUAUUUACAAAAGCACUGGUUAAAUAGCUUUUUUUAGCUAUUUUUAAACUGAAAUUAAAUUAAAUUUUAACUUUUGAAAUUCCAGGGCUUCAAAACCGACUCCAGAAUCUAUAACCACCUAGUGGACGUGCACGACGCUCUUCUCAUGGUCAAAAACCAGUUGAAUAUAUCGAAAAGUGAUUAA